CGGUGCCUGGCUCUGAGCCCCCCGCAGCGCCCGGGCUGUGAGCGGGAGGCCCCGGGGGCGCGGCUGGACGCCCAUGGAGGAGGCGAUGGACAAGGGGGGCGACAUGGCCUCGGUGAGCGACUUCGACCCCAUCGCGGGCAGCAUCCCGGCCACCAAGGUGGAGCUCACCGUCUCCUGCAGACACCUCUUGGACAAGGACACCUUCUCCAAGUCUGACCCAAUGUGUGUGCUGUACACCCAGGGGAUAGAGACCAAGCAGUGGAGAGAGUUUGGCAGGACCGAGGUCAUCGACAACACCCUGAACCCCGACUUCGUGCGCAAGUUCAUCCUCGACUACUUCUUUGAAGAGAAACAGAGCCUGCGCUUCGACCUGUACGACGUGGAUUCCAAAAGCCCCGACCUCUCGAAGCAUGAUUUCCUGGGCCAGGCGUUCUGCACACUGGGGGAGAUCGUCGGCUCAGCAGGAAGCCGCCUGGAGAAGCCGCUGACGAUGGGAGCAUUCACGUUACAUUCCAGAACAGGGAAGCCCAUGCCGUCCGUCUCCAAUGGUGGGAUUCCAGGGAAAAAGUGUGGCACCAUCAUACUGUCGGCCGAGGAGCUGGGCAACUGCCGGGACGUGGCCACAAUGCAGUUCUGUGCCAACAAGCUGGACAAGAAGGAUUUCUUCGGGAAGUCUGACCCCUUCAUGGUGUUCUACCGAAGCAACGAGGAUGGAACCUUCACCAUCUGCCACAAAACGGAAGUGGUUAAGAACACGCUCAACCCUGUGUGGCAGGCGUUCUCCAUCCCAGUGCGAGCCCUCUGCAAUGGAGACUAUGACAGGACCAUCAAGGUGGAGGUGUACGACUGGGACCGGGACGGCAGCCAUGACUUCAUUGGGGAGUUCACAACCAGCUACCGGGAGCUGGCCCGUGGGCAAAGCCAGUUCAAUGUCUACGAGGUGGUGAAUCCCAAAAAGAAAAUGAAGAAAAAGAAAUACAUUAACUCGGGAACAGUGACGCUGCUCUCAUUCACUGUGGAGUCGGAGUAUACCUUCCUGGAUUACAUCAAAGGAGGGACGCAGAUCAAUUUCACAGUGGCCAUUGACUUCACAGCUUCCAAUGGCAACCCCUCGCAAUCCACCUCCCUGCACUACAUGAACCCGUACCAGCUGAAUGCCUACGCCAUGGCGCUGAAGGCGGUGGGCGAGAUCAUCCAGGACUACGAUAGCGACAAGAUGUUCCCCGCACUUGGGUUUGGAGCCAAAAUCCCUCCUGAUGGGCACGUGUCCCACGAGUUCCCCCUGAACGGCAACGCCGACAACCCCUACUGCAGCGGGAUCGAGGGCAUCCUAGAAGCCUAUCACAAGAGCCUCAAGACUGUCCAGCUGUACGGCCCAACUAACUUCGCCCCAGUGGUCAACCAUGUGGCUAGAUACGCCACCACUGAACAGGACGGCUCCCAGUAUUUCAUACUCCUGAUCAUCACAGAUGGGGUGAUAUCGGACAUGGCCCAGACGAAGGAAGCCAUCGUCAAUGCCGCCAAGCUGCCAAUGUCCAUCAUCAUCGUGGGAGUUGGGCAGGCCGAAUUUGACGCCAUGGUGGAGCUGGAUGGCGACGACAUCAGAAUCUCGUCCCGAGGGAAGAUUGCUGAGCGAGACAUUGUCCAGUUUGUUCCAUUCCGGGAUUACAUUGACCGCACAGGGAACUAUGUCCUGAGCAUGGCCCGCUUGGCCAAAGAUGUCCUGGCCGAGAUCCCGGACCAGUUCAUUUCCUACAUGAAGGGACGUGGCAUCAAGCCAAACCCAGCGCCCCCUGCGUACACCCCGACCGGCCCCACCCUUCAGACGCAGAUCUGACGAGCAGGAGGGAAGAGGAGCGAGGGAAAAACCCAAGGCCUCUUGUGUCCACUGUUUACUCUCUCUCUAGCUGGAUACCAAGACAGUCAGAGCUUCCAGUGAGAUUCCUCCAUGGACUGUUUCUCCACACUUGGCUGUAGGCAGAUGGACAGUGAAGCUGUUGAGUUCUGACACAGCUCGUCCUCAUGUGUCAGUGGAAGGAUUUGUGGGACUCAGACAUAAAGGACGUGUGGGGUGGGAUGGGGGGAGUUUUUAAAAAGACAAGCCCAGCAACUGACAAGCUUCUUCUCUGGGAGGGGGAUAGAGGGGGAUGUGAGCUGUCACCCCCACCAGACAGUGGAGUGGAGUCCCAUGUCACCUGUUUUUCUUUGGGUUCUGGGCAGAUCAGCUGUUCCGCCAAGUUCCCCAGCCUCUUUCUACUCCUCCCCUUCCCAAAUGAGUCUGAGUAUUUUAUAGCCUAUGUACAGUCCACCUGCUGUCUCCAGUCUGCUGAAAUUUCUCCUCAUCUCCUUGCUGUUUGCUGGCUUGGCUUAUAUAUAAGCUUGGCAGACCUUCGGUUGGCUUCAGACAUCAGGUAUCUGCAUUAUUUUCUCUGCUGUUGUUCUGGCUGCACCGUUGUUCUGAGCUACUAAUGCUCCAUCUCCUGUCAAUCCGACUUGGCAAAGAUCCACACAGGGCUUUGUUGGGGCUUUUGCCUAUAACCACAUCAUGCUUUUUAAGCCCUGUGUUUGAUCUGUGCAGAGCCCUUCCUGUACCGUUCUGGACCUUUUAACAUUGAAGGCACGUUGUCGUGUGUCAUGGAGCUGCUCUGACUGCAAGGGGAGGAAGCAUUAGUUUGACCUUUAGUACAUAUGCAUUUUGUGGCUGCUCCUAGCAUCACAAUUAAAGCUGAACCUCAUCACCCAUGGUCGACUCACAAGCUAUACGUGCAUUAACGCCUGGAGAAUUCUGCUCCUGGGGCUAAUUGGAAGCAUGUUCCUUUGCUGUAACUCCCAGGGUGACACUUUGGUAGGGUUUGAACAUCCCUCCUUCUUUUGCUACUUUUUAUAAUGAGGGCUGCAGGACCACUGGCCGCUACGAAAAGCUCUAACAAGGCAAGGGAGCAAAGUAGGUGAAAGUAGCCCUGAAACAUCAGCACGCUCGUCUCAGCUGGUCCCUAGCCAUUCUGCUGCCCUUGGUGUCCCUCAGUGGGGCUGCCUUUUUGAAAAACAAGUUUGGGUCCAUGUUUCUGGCUCCUGGUGAGACCAGGACUGACACACACACCCCGUGUCUAAUAGAAAUGGGGUGGCUGGAGACCUCUAUAUAAUCAAACUCCAAGGAUCUCCUCAUUCUCCAGUACCAUUCUUUGUGUAACAGUAGCUGGGUAACUGGCUAGGUAAUUACCAUGUGUGACUGAC